GUCAUAGUGCUUAUUGGCUGUAUUUUACAACCAAGCUGAAUGAAAACGUUGUAUCCCACUUUUAAAUUCACAAUUUGUGGGGAAUUUAAAUUUUAACUGCUCACACUGAAAGCGUUUUGGAAGUUAUCAUAGCCUAAGGUCCUCCUUUUGGCCAUAAAAAGGGUGAAUAAAAGCAGAAUGGAAUCACAUCGGCAAGAGUCAGGACCUGCCAUGCAAGUCACAAGUGACUUUAAUGAAGUUUCUAGACCCGUCAAGACCUUCUAUCUUCAAGACAACUAUGACCCCAAACCAGCUUCUCAAAGGACCUCUGUGGCAAUACGGCCACCCAGCCCAAAACCAGGUCCUGCUCAGGAGCCUGUUGUACAAUGUAAAAUGUCUUGCGAACCAAAGCCAAAGCCCAUCAUGAGGAGACGGGCAAAAUCACUCUCAUCCUCCACAGACGAACAUACCUGCAGGAAUGUACAGGUCCGCUUCGUUGAUUCUCUAGGGUUGGAACUGGAAGAUGUUAAGUUCUUCAAAGCCAGUGACGACCCUUCGGUGCCAAUUCAUGUCAUCACUAGACUGCUGGCAAGCUCUGAGCUAGCCUCCAGGAAAAAGCUGGAGCUGUCCUUACCCUACUUCCAGCCAUUCUUCUCUGGCAAUAUGGGAGCCGAACCUGAUUUCAUGAAGCGCUUGUGCCAUCAGCGAGUAUGCCUGGAGCAGUUGUUUUGUUCUGAGAUGGGAAUUAUCGGAAUUGUGCAAGUACUAAACCUGGCCUAUGAGAAGGAGGUUACGGUACGCUACUCAUUCACAGACUGGAAGAGCAGUGCAGAUAGUAAAGCAUGCUGGGUCAGAACCGUGUACAGAGAUGCUGCUGAUCCAGAGUCAGACAUGUUUCGUUUUCGCCUACCCGUACCACCCUUCAUCAUGCAACCAGGUGCCAUGCUGCAGUUUGCCAUCUGCUUUCGUAUCAGAGGAUCUGAGUAUUGGGACAACAAUAAUGGAUGUAAUUAUAAACUGGCCUGUCAGACAUACAAAUUGACUGUCCCCAGAGAGUGUGAAGAUAGCCUGGUGCAUUUCACUUGAGUCUCCACUAAAGACACAGUGAGAUACAGGCCUACACACAAAACACUUUUUUGAUUUACUGAAACACACAGAGCAAUGUUAUGAUAGUGCUACGGAGCCACAGUGUUUGCACUUUUCUGGGAAAUCAACCUAUACGAAUGCCUCAUAGUUAUGUCUGCAUAUGAAAUCAAAGAGAGUGUUGAAAAUAUCUAAUAAAAAACAAAAUGGCUUAGUUCUGGAUUGAUUUCCACCCAAGAGCAAUUAGCCUGUAAUACCUGAUCAGAUCAGUAUUAUUAGCCUCUUUCCCACAUACAGUCCUGGUACCUUCCCAUUAGAAACUUUCCAGACGAGAACUCGAUUGCACACCCGAGGAGACUUUCCCUCUUGCAUUUGCAUACACAAAAGGAACCUUGACGUCAUCGAGUGCUGACCAUUUUUUUCAGACGAGAAACCACACCGAUGGAGGACACCAGUAUCAGAGCUACACUUUUGUUAGGGCUGUUUUACAUAAACUGUGUCUUCAGGUUACAGUCUUUACACUGCGCGUGGUGCUGUGUCCCUGAAGUCGCAAUGAGAGAUGAGGUGCCUAUUUGAACCAGUGGAAAACUUGCUGAAAAUGCACUAUAACCCCAUUUAUCAACACAAUCUUUUACGAUAAAUGCUUUUAUGACUAAACAUAAAAUACUGUUCUGAACUACUCUCCCAUUAACUUAAAAAAAGACAUCUUAAUACAAGUUAAUAUAAGUUUAUAAUAGAUUUUAAAUACUUACUCAUUAUAAACAUCUUAUUAUUAUGUCCUGUUUCCCAGGAAUAAAUAAAUGAAGUAAUCCAGAAAUAACUUUAUUUUCUGAAUAGUCAGACAGUACACACGUUUACACUGUACAGAUGCGAUGAAAACUCAAACUACGUCUCCUGUUGAAGUGACGCAGCAGCUUUACU